AUGCUACCAAACUUGUCAAAGACAGCACGCACUAUAAUCGCCAUCAUUGUCCUUUUCUUUAUAGUUGAGACAUUAUUGAUCUUGUCGAAUGGGCGUAAAAGUACGCAAUUUUACGAAUUUCAUCACGAUCCCUCUCCGAAACCCACUGAUGCCUUGGAUUGGUCUCGCUUUGCCUAUUCUCAAUAUGUUACGAACACGCCAUAUCUAUGCAACUCGGUUAUGCUUUUUGAAACUCUAGAUCGCUUGGAAAGCAAAGCCGAUCGCAUCAUGAUGUACCCAUCGGAUUUUUUGCCAGACGAAAAUGACAACGGGACGCAAAGCCGACUUCUCCGAAAAGCUCGAGAUGAAUAUAAGGUCAAACUAGUGCCCAUCGAGAUUCAAAGUCGAUCAGGUGGUGACGCAACAUGGGCGGAGAGCUUCACUAAACUUCUUGCCUUCAAUCAAACGCAAUACGAUCGCGUCCUGAGCCUUGAUUCAGAUGCCACUAUGCUGCAACAUAUGGAUGAAUUGUUCUCCAUGCCGCCAUGUCCUCUAGCUCUACCUCGAGCUUACUGGCUUAGCCCGAAAGAACGUGUAUUGACCUCCGCACUUUUGCUCGUUCAGCCUUCUCAUUUUGAAUUUAAUCGUAUCAUGAAAACCAUUGAUGCGGCAGGUCACUCGGACUAUGAUAUGGAAAUUAUGAAUCGUCUCUACGGAGAUAGUGCGCUCAUCUUGCCGCAUCGUCCUUACACCAUGUUGACUGGAGAACUCCGCAACGAUGAUCACUCGAAAUAUCUGGGGAAUAGCAAUGAGACUUGGAAUCCUGAUAAAGUGCUCAAGGAGGCCAAAUUCGUGCAUUUCUCUGACUGGCCAGUUCCAAAGCCUUGGAUCACUCCCACGGCUUCUAUCAUGGAUGAAAAAAAACCAUCCUGUCACUUGAAUAUCAGUAGUGGGCUUCUAGACGACUGUCGUGACCGUGACCAUUGGUUAGGGUUAUAUGCAGAUUUCACCAAACGACGAAAGGUAUUGGACACUCUUCUCGGAAUUACUUGGAACACCAGCUGA